CUCGAAGUUUGUCCCUCCUGUUUCUCCGUAGGUGCGCGUGUCAUCAUCAGCAUGGCGAGCUCCAGUGGCGUAGCGAUGGAGAGGGACUUAAUGAGAUAUGCUGAAUAUACACCGAAGUCCACCGGCCAGAGUGAAACAGAUAUUGACAAACGCUUUGGUGGCUGUCUGAUAGCGGUUGGGCUGGGAGUGGCAGCGGCAGGGUUUGCAGGUCGAUACGCAUUCCACUUAUGGAGGCCUCUGGGUCAGGUGAUUACAGAAGCUGCUAAGAAGUUACCCUCUGCGUCGUUUUCUGCAUAUUACAAAGGUGGAUUUGAGCAGAAGAUGACCAGACGGGAAGCCAGCCUUAUUCUCGGGAUCAGUCCGACCAGCACCAAGACCAAGGUACGGGAAGCCCACAGAAGGAUCAUGGUCCUAAAUCAUCCAGAUAAAGGGCUCCAUGUGAUCUGAGCGUGUUUUGGUGAGAUUCAGGGAACAGCACUGUGACGAUACUGACCUUUCCCCGUCUGACGGUCUCCUGGGAAAUACACCAGUCGUAAUGUUUUUUCCUUAUUUCUGUCUCUUCUCAACUUUUUUUUCCUCACAUCUUCACAGGGGAGCUUUACAAGUGGUCAAACCAAUAUAUCAGGGGUUGUUGAUGUUUUCUGAAUUAAGAACGUCAGUCUGUCAUGUUUAGACAAGCCAGUGUCUGUCACCCAGUAACAAUCUGAUCAUUAUUAUUACUUUGGCUGUCAGUCAUUCAGCGUUAACUCUCUGGUUCAUGGUUAACCCCAUGUGACCUUGGCUUCAUGAACCACUGUAUAACAGUCAUUAGCAAUUUAAGAUGUCAAAAUCGACCAAAUGUCAAGAAUUAAUCAUUGUCAUAAAACAUUUAAUUUAAUAGUUUUAUUGUUUCCAUCACCUUGUUUUUAUGCAUGUAUAUUUAUGUUUUUAAGUCUUUUGAUUGUCAUCAUAAACCACCUUCAAAU